GCGGUAGCGAAACUCCCGUGUCGCGACGGAUGCUUCUUCAUGUCACUUAGUGUUGUUUUCUUGUUGUUUUUUUUCUGUGUGACCCUUCAGGAAAAACAACGUCUGCCUCCACCCCCGAAAAAUGGUACGGCAGGUCUAAGCUCUACCACGACAAACCAUGGGCUCUUGAUUGGGUAGGUGGCCUUCAUAUGCCGGGUUGCGGAGCCGUUGUCUUUUUGAGCGAUGACAAUGGUCUGAGCUGGUACUGCUGCGGAGGGGUGGAGAAAUCGGAAGCGGGGAGGUUUACCUACGAUCGCAGGAAGUUCAGGCCCUUCUUCCUUACGUCUGUCUAUGACAGAGAGGGGAAAAACUGGGUCAAGGAAGAUAAGAAGGUGUCUCUUGACCAUCGACUCUUCCAAGGAUACGGAAUCAAGGCUUUGUCGAUGAAAGCGUUUGACGUGCGCGGGAACGGAACGGAGUUCCAAAUGCUGGAUCCGGAAAAGUUUCUUUCCAAAACCAAUGGCUACCGCAUGACUGGUUCCCUGCUUGUCGUCGACAGCGCUUUCAUGCUCAGCAGACCUUUGGUCCAAUUCAACAGCCCGGCGGACCAACUCGCAACUUUCGUUAUGCGAUACAGGGAAGAGUUCGCGAGGCUGCCUGCUGCCCAGCAAGUUGACCGUGUUUUCGUGCCGAUUGACGCCCCGUCUUCGUCGGCUGCGGGGCCCAAACGGCACCAAGAUCAGCCGGUCAGAGCGGGUGGAAAGAGGAAGCAAUUGCCGACUGCCCCGUUUUCGUCGGCUGCGGUUGUCCAGGCUCUGCCCGCUCCGGUUCUGCCCUCGGAUCGGCAAGGUCGCAAUGCGGCCGAGCUGUCCAGCGAGGCCACAGACUACGACGACGGAGCUGUGCGCUAUCGGGCUGGUCCCCAGCAUCGUUCACGGGGAGGUGCAUGUGCCUUCGAUGACGAGGAAUGCGAGGGCCAAGAUGGGGAAGGUGGUGGUUGGGAUGGGGAGGGCGGUGGUGAGGAGGGGGAGGGGGGUGGUGAGGAGGAGGAGGGCGGUGGUGAGGGGGACGACGGUAACGAAGGAGAUGUUGAAGGUGAGGACGAUGGCAUGGACAAGGAGAGAGAUGACGUUGGUGAGGAAGUCGAAGACAAUCGCUCCUCCCAAUUUCAUCGUCGCCACCACAACGAAUCGCAGGGGCGCGGUGAGGACGACGCCUGCCGCCUCCCGUGGAAUGUCGCAGUCCUAUGACCAGACGAAGGAUGGGAGAGACGAACCUGGCUCACGGGGAAAGCAAAAGAGGGGAGAGGCGUCGACCUCUCCUACGAGUCAAACAAAACAGGGGCAGACCGACGCCGUCAAUGAAGCUCGCGGGGCGUU